AUGAGCAAUCCCACCGCCGGCGAAACCCCGUCGAACAUGACCGACCACACAGCGGUCCAGCAGGGAGCGAUCACCCAGAAUGAAGUGAGCCAGGAGGGAGUGAUCACCGAGGAUGAAGUGAACGAGCAGGAAGCGAUCAUCGAUAUUGAAGUGAACGAGGAGGGAGUGAUCAUCGAGACUGAAGUGAACGAGCAGGGAGUGAUCACCCGGAAUGAAGUGAACGAGCAGGAAGCGAUCAUCAAUAUUGAAGUGAACGAGGGAGUGAUCACCCAGAAUGAAGUGAACGAGCAGGGAGUCACGCAGGUUGCUGGUGACCAGACAGCCCAAGAAGCACCAUUGGAGUCGGUGGAUGACAACUUUGCAGCCUACAGUAAUGCGAUUGGCGAAAUCAAUUCGCACAUUCUGUCCAAGGAGCUGGUAGCUGCACGCGAAAAGCUGUUGACAUUCACGGACCGGUUGAUCAACUACACUGAUGUUGGAACUGAGCGGGCGGUAGACACCAUGGAUCGGGAAGCCCAGGGAAUGUCGAAGAAGGCCGAGCGGGCGGUAGACACCAUGGAUCGGGAAGCCCAGGGAAUGUCGAAGAAGGCCGAGUAUCUGUGGAGCCAACUCAACUACUCCUGGCUGACCCUUCUCAAUGGUCAAAACGAUCUGAUGAGUGACGCUAUGGCCUGCAUGCUAAUCGGGCUGUGGACAGGCCGAGAGCUAUUCUCGCCACAACAUCACGCUGUUACCAAGAAGGUGUCGGAGGCGUUGGGUCGGAAACUGGUCAGCCUUGGCCCAAGGGUGUCGAGCGAAGGCGUCUCGCCGCCCUCGCCCCUAGCCAUACUUCUUUUCGGAUCCGAGACCUCGACGCACCCUCUGCAACGCCGGUGCAGACUGUUGGGGGAGACUCUGCUCGCUCUUUCUGGCCCAUCGAUGGGGGGAAAAGUCGACGAGACGAUGGCGAAAGAGACGGCGCAGGUGCUAGAGACUCUCUUCGAUAGGGCGGAAUCAAAGUUCAUGGGGUCGGAGGGUCUCAAGAUCUUUGAUCUGGGAAUGGACGGUGUGAAAGAGCUCCACAGUGAGUUCGUCUGGCUCAACGAUCUGGCGCGUGGGUUCAGGCAGUAUUUCUCUCCCCCCCGUCCGGACGUCAGGGCCGAGAAUAUACUUUCUGUCGAGAAUCUGGAGGAGAUGGUGAGCAUUGUCCUCAAACACAGCGACAAGUGGGAGCCAAAAUCACAGGUCAAUCACGAAAGGAGUAUAUGGGAGAGAGACAUCAUUGAGCAGAUCGAGAAAUGCGUGGCUCAUCCCUACCAUGAAAUGGUUGGCCAGUCUCCAAUGGAAAGUACAAGCACCGCCGCACAAUAG